AUGACAACAAUGAUGGUUUGGAUAUCACACAUGGCAUUUAUAGUGAUUGGUUCUGAUUCGUUUUUUAUCCUGACAACUGUGCACACCAUGUCGGAAGCGUCUGUUUGUGGUCAUUUGGUAUCUAAAAUCGGACGAAAUACUGAUGAUAAAUAUCUUAACGAUUUGAUAGAGAGACAUCUGCAUGUGCUAGACCUGAUAGAGUCAUCCAACACAAUCUUCAGUGUUAUUAACUUUUGCCAGCUAAUUUCAGCAUUUCUGAUGAUUGUUGCUGCUUUGUUUCAACUUAAUAGUGUGGUGGAUGCGGUUUCCUUAUUGAUUAUUGUGGCAAUUUUGUCUCAGAACUUUGUUUAUUGUUUUCUUGGAACUUGCAUUGAAACAUCUUGUGAACAACUCGAACAGUCGCUGUACUGUUCUCAAUGGUACAACUUGCGAAACGUUUCAUUAAAAAGGAAAUUUCUUAUGAUGUUGGUGAUGAGUCAACGUAAACGAGGCUACUUUGCAAUUGGAAUCAAACCGAUGAGUUUGGAAACGCACGCUGAACUUCUGAAAGCAGCUUUUAGUUUUUUAAAUGUUUUGCUUACAAUGUUGUGA